AUGGACGCUCAAAACCAGCCUGGCUCCCAUGCCCAGCAAGGUCGCCCCCAGCCUGUAUACGAUACGAGUCACGGCGGUCAUUAUGGCGCAAGUGCUGCGCUCUCGGCUCAGGGCUUCGCCCCGGCCGAACUCUACACCGGCCCAUGGGCAAAUGUUCAUCAAGGCUUGACUGGCCAGUACAAGGACAUCCUGACAACCUACUGGCAGCAGACUAUUAAUCAUUUGGAGGGCGACAAUCAUGACUAUAAACUACACCAACUACCCUUGGCGCGCAUCAAGAAAGUUAUGAAGGCUGACCCCGAGGUCAAAAUGAUAUCCGCUGAAGCCCCCAUCCUCUUCGCAAAGGGGUGCGAUAUCUUCAUCACUGAGCUCACAAUGCGUGCAUGGAUCCACGCUGAAGAGAACAAGCGGCGCACUUUGCAGCGAUCUGACAUUGCGUCUGCCCUCGCCAAGUCAGACAUGUUUGAUUUCCUAAUAGACAUAGUUCCCCGCGAAGAGGCUUCCUCUCAUGCCAAGAGAACAGCCGGCCAGGCUGCUCCCACACCCCAAGGCGUCCCAGCUCAAGCAACCCCCCAAAUGCCCGGCCAGCAUGGCUCCAUGCCACAAACAGCCAACCAUUCGACAUCCUCUCACCCCAUGGCAGCCACUGACUACGGUCUUGCCGGCCAUGCUCUCGGGCCCGACCAGGACUACCGCCAGAACCCCAAUAUGUACCCCGGCCAAGUACAGCCUGGUCCAUCUGCCCCCUACGGUCAAGCCCAACAACCCAUGUAUGGCGAGAUCGAGGGCAUGUACGGCUAUGGGACUAUGCAACCACAGCAGCCGCCCAUGUCCAACGAGGAAUUUGAGUAG